AUGCGCGGAGAGCUCGGCAUGGGGUGGGCCGCGCCGCGUCGUUCCGUGGCGUCAAUUUCCGCGUUAGUAGUCGCCGCGCUUCUCGUUAGCAUCCCUCCGAGGGUCUCUUUCGCGGCCACGGACCCCGCUCAAGUGGCCAUUCUACAGCAGCUUGCGGGCCUGGGGAACGCUACCAACGCACCCUUCAACACGUGGACGGGCGGCGACCCUUGUGGGGCGGCAUGGGAUGGCGUCAGGUGCUCCGCUGGAGGUGGCGGUUACGACGUGGUUACCGAGCUCUUUCUCGAGGAUGCAAAUCUGACUGGCACCUUGCCGCCGUCCCUCUUCGACCUCACAACCCUACACACUAUCAACCUGGGCAAGAACCCAGGCCUUCAGGGCUCCAUCCCAACAAGCAUUGGAAACCUCGUGCAACUGACCAUGCUCAACAUGCAGGGCUGCAAUCUCACCGGCCCUGUUCCCCCUUCCAUAGGCAACCUGACCCAACUCGUCUACUUCCUCAUGGCUCAGAACCAGCUUUCCGGGCCUCUGCCGGACCAGUUUGGGCUGCUGCCGAACCUGUUUCAGAUCGACAUUAUUGACAAUCAGUUUAACGGCACUCUGCCCACGUUCGCCGGGGCGUCUAAUUUAGUGCACCUCCACAUGAGUCGUAAUCACCUCUCAUCCGUCCCUGCUGAAAUUGCACAGUUGCCGAGCCUACAGCAUUUAAUCGUGGACGGCAACCGCAUCGUCCAGCCGUUCCCCCUCUCCCUCAACGGAUCGGCUCUCAGUGUUAUUUAUUGGAGUGGCAACACCAUCACCGAGUCUCUGCCUUUGGUCUGGAAUCUUCCAAACCUGAAGGACUUCCUGGCCAGCAACUGCAGCAUUCCAGAACAGGUCCUGCCGUCCUUCCCUCAGUCCAAGGUCCUCGCCAAUCUAGACUUGAGUCGGAACAAAUUCGGGGGGUCGGUUCCUGGCUCUCUUUUCACAGACAACCCCAACUUGGUCAACCUCAACCUCGCCAACAACGCUCUAGAGUACGCCCUCCCUAUUGACAUCAACCAGGCAGCCAACCUGCAGUCUCUCUUCCUCUCGGGCAAUCGCCUCACAGGCAGGCUGCCAGACCUCUCAGGGCUGAGCAAUGCAGUGUCUCUCUCCUUUUACGACAACCUCCUAACCGGUCCUCUGCCCCGCCUCAACCGCUCCGACAUCACCCUGCAGCUAUACGGCAAUCCGCUCUGCUCGCCCUACACUCCCGACAAGCAAGCCCCAUGCGCGCCCCCAGCCGACCUCACCCAGUACACCGCACCCUCCUUCUGCCAAGGCUUCGCCUGCCAGGGCGACCUCUACAGCCCCAGCAUGCCGCUCUUUCAGCAGUCCAGUCUCUGCGUGUGCGUGUCGCCGCUGCGCGCUGAUGUGGCGCUCUAUCUGUCGUCCUACGUGGUGUUUAAUCAAGCGCUUGUGGACCGGCUUGAGGAGAUUCUGUUUCAGGAGCUGGUUGGGGGGAAGUUUGGGCUCAAUAUCACGAAAUCGCAGAUCCCUGUACAGCCACCAAGAGCCCCUCAACUCUCCCAUCCCUUUCCUCCACCUUCGCCUCGGACCACACCACCCACGAGUCCAGUCCACCACCACCCCUUGCUUCGCUCCCGCUCCAAACACCCGUCUCCUUUCCCCUCCCCGUCUCCCCUCCCCCAGGUCCUAAUCUCAGCCAUCAAGAGCCCCUCCUCGCUCCCCUCCCUCGCCUCCACCUUCGCAUCGGACCACACCACCCACGAGUCCACCACCACCGUCUCCAUCCUCUUCUUCCCGCCCGCCGGCGACGACAGCUGGUACCCGCGCGACCUCCCAAAGGGCAUCAAGCAGGCGCUCUCGCUGCGCAACACCGAUCCCACACAGCAGAUGAACCUGAGUGAAUUUGGGUCGAUCCUCUCUGUGCACUUCCACGGCCCUGCACCCUACAACCCCUCAGCGCAGCAGUCGUCGUCCGGGCUGGGCACGGGUGCCAUCGUGGCCAUCUCAGUGUGCUCCGCUGCUGUUGCCAUCGUUCUCAUUGUGGCUCUGCUCAUGCGCCCCUGGGAGAGGCGAGGUGAGGGGGAGAAGGGAAAUGAGAGGAAAGAGAGAGGUGAUGGGGAGAAGAGAGGUGAGAGAGAGGAGGAGGUGAGGGGGAAGGGAGAGGUGAGAGGAGGCGAGGGGUGGAGCAACGCGGACUACGAGGCCUUGGAGGGCAUCAACCUGAAGCACGCGCGGCGCUACUCGCUAUGGCAACUGGCAGAGGCAACCAACGGCUUUGAUGACUCGGCCGUGCUGGGAGAGGGAGGAUUUGGCACGGUGUACCGGGGAGUGCUGAACGGUGAGCCGGUGGCGAUCAAGAAGGCAAACGAGAAGCGGCGGCACGACGGGGUGGAUUUCAAGAACGAGAUCGAGAUGCUGACGGCGGUGUCACACGGCAACCUGGUGAAGCUCACCGGCUUCUGUGUGGAGAAGGACGAGCAGCUGCUGGUGUUCGAAUUCAUGGAGGGGGGGGCGCUGGACGCCUGGAUCAAAGGUGGGUUCACAUUGGGUGUAGUGCGGUCGUGUGCGGUUGUGUGCGGUUGGGUGUGUGGAUCAAGGAUGUGCUUCUGUGUGGAGAGGGACGAGCAGCUGCUGGUGUUUGAGUUGAUGCAGGGGGGGCGCUGGACGCCUGGAUCAAAGGGGAAGAAGGAGAGGGGAGGCGGCUUUGAAUUCACGGAGGGGGUUGCACGGGAUGCAUCAAUUAAAGCUGUGUAUCCGACCCCCGCCAACAUUCUGCUGACGGCACCUCUCGAAGCCAAGGUGGCGGACUUUGGCAUUUCCAAGUCGCUGCCAGAAAAGGGAGAGCUGGUGCAGGAGGAAAUCAUUGGCAGCAAGGGCUACAUCGACCCACACUUUGCUGUAUCAGAGGUGCUAACGGAGCGCAGUGACGUGUUCAGCUUCGGGGUGGUGCUGCUGCAGCUGGCCACAGGGCAGCCGCCCGUCAUUCAGGGAGUGCCGCUCAGCCAGGUCGUGCUGCACCUCGCCUUCGGUCCGCAAGGCCUCUCCGCUGCUGUCGACCCCAAACUCUCCCACUUCCUCCGUGCCCGGGGGGAUCCCACUGCUGCUGCUGCUCCAGCUGCUGCCGCUGUUGCUGCUGCUUCUGCCGCCGUUGCAAAAACUAGCUCUACUGGUGCUGCUGCCGCUGCUGCCGCUGCCGGUGCUGCUGCUGCCGCUGCUGCGGGUGGGGAAGUGAGUGCAGGGGAGAUGGUGGAGGGGUUGGAGGAGACGUUUGGCACGUUCCUGCGGGUGGCGCUGUGGUGCACGGCAGAGCACCCCUCGCUUCGUCCCGACAUGGAGCAGGUCGUAUCUGCGCUGCGCAGCAUUAGAGACCAACUCCGGGCGUUAUGUGGGGGAGGCACUGCUGCUGACGGAUCACUUCCCCACCAUGCCACUCCUGCAGCAGCAGCAGGUGCUGGUGCUGCUGCUGCUGUGGGGCCUGCAGGAGCAAUCCCAGGUGGCGCCAAUGGUUACAACGCAGCUGCUGGUAACCCGCAUAUGAAAUAUCACCCGAAUGCCGGUGCCCCUGGUACUGCCGGUGGUGCUGGUGGUGGCGUUGGUGGUGCUGCUACUGGCGGGUACACCACAGGUGCAGCGGCAGCGUCAGCAGCAGCAGCGUUCAGCCCCGUGGGGGGUAGAUCCCCUGAGACUGGGCUCACAGGGGUGCCGUCUAGUAUGACCACUUUAUGGAAUCCGAUGGGAGGUUCUUCGUCCGGUCAACCGGGGUCAAACUGGUCAAACCUGGGUGAGGAGCAGACGACGUUGAUGGACGGGUAUGGCGACACAGGCACACAGAACCACACCUUGACGGGACCCCGGGCCCGAUAG